UACCCAAUGUGUGACUGUUUCAUUCUGCGACGAUUCGUCUGCUAAAUGAAAGAUGGCGUCUCUUGGUAGUGCGCUCCAAACAUUUCGUAGUCUUCUGCGGGAGUUACGUAAUUUAAGUGGUACAGAUCGUUACAGGACAAUCGCAGCCUUUACUUACAUUCGGCAACAGUUCAGGAAUAAUCAGGUAACCAGUGAGAAGUUCUGCUUGGCCCAACAAGAGCUACAUUUCCAGGCCUCUACUUACCUAUGCCUUCUUAAAAGUGUUAGGAAUCACCUCAUCUUCCAUGAGGAGUACCAUGGCAAAGGAGAGCGUUCACUUGAUGAGGUGGCUGGUCUUGUGGGUUACAAGAUACCACAGCAACCUGGUGGAAAAGGAUGGGAGCAAUGAAAUCUGGUUAUCCAAGAAGCAUAGCCAUGAAAUAGCUAAUUCCAUUGUUCAACUUUUCAUUUUCUAAACUUAAUAAAAUAUAAGUUUGUGCUUA